CCGGAUUUUUCCAGAGCAUCUGAUUGGCUCUGCUUAUGACCGUGCAAUGUGAUUGGAUCUUUCGCAGGACCACUGUUAGUGAAACUGAAAAUAGCAGGAAGUCGAUCUACAAUGUUUCAAGCAUGGCCUUAACAUCCGAUCACAUCCGGGAUAAACUUAGAACAGAGCUUGCGGCGGAAUAUGUGGACGUGGAGGACACGUCCGCCAACAGAUGUGCCGCCAGCUUCAAAGUGCUUGUGGUCUCUUCCCAGUUUGAGGGCAAGCCCCUCUUACAGAGACACAGGAUGGUGAACACCUGCUUAGCGGAGGAGCUGAAAGACAUCCAUGCGUUCGAACAGAAGACCCUAACGCCAGAACAGUGGGAGAAACAAAAGUCGAAAUAACACUGCACCUUUUGCAUUGUGUGGUCAUCACACUGAGGAACACGCAAGUGCUGUUACAGUUCCCACAGGGACCGUGAGAAUGCAUUUGAAAAUGUUGCCGGCAAUAAAAGGGACAGCCGUUCUUGCUUUCCCGUGUUACACUUUUU